AUGGCCACAUCGAGUCUUCUAUCAACCAUCAUUUUGAUAACACUUCUUCACAUCGAUCCAAGUUCCUGCUUCUUUCGUCAACGGCUCAUCGAGUACACCGCAAAUCUUGUCCGAUUCUUCCAAGCUCAACAUACAGGACACUUCCAACUUUUGUUCUACCACGUUGCUCCCAGUACCAUUCCAGAAGAUCCAAUCCUGCAACAGAUCUUCACCGCCCUAGACGACAAACUUGUCCCACGGACGGUUCUAAACACCUUCGAAUCGCGCUGGAUCCACUCGGAACGGCAAUCGAUCCCGCUGGUCAUCGUCCACGUGGAGAGCACCAUGCUGGAACUGCCACGCUGGUUCAACUUCACCCAGAUGCUGCUGGCGGUGGACAGUCACACCAAAGUUCUGGUUCUGACCAGUUUCGAGCGUGCCGAAGUUGUGCUUGAAGUUCUGCUGGUUCCGUUCCAACAUACUAGGACAUUCAACGUUGCGCUUCUUUCAGUUGAUCGAGAAAUUUACGUGUUUUACGACUUUGUGAGGAAGAGUGUUAAGGUUUUGACGGAGUUUCCAACUUUUGAAACGUUUUUCCCGAAUCCUACUCGGAAUCUCAACGGAAUGCGGCUGAUAUUCCUCCCGGCUAAGAUCCAAAUGGUAUCGCGCUGUCCUUCGGCAAGUGAUUGUUUUGGCUAUGACAUGAGCUUGAUUGAGCAGGUAUCAGACUACGUAAACGCUUCACUUUCACGAUUAACGUUGAUCUGUGAUGAAGGAAAAGAGUGUGAACUUGACGUGAUUGCCAGGUUGGCACUUGAUUACCUCAACUGUCCGUUCGAUAUCUACGCGGAUCAGGUGUAUUUUCGGGAGAAGUUUGAAAAUCAUGCAGUCCGCUCGCCAAUCUCGAUAAACGAUGCCUUUUUGGUUCCGAUAGGUCGUCCACUCAACGUGGUGGAGCUGUUCGUUUUGCCGUUUCGGUUUGAAGUUUGGACCCUGUUGCUUUGUGGGCUAGUCGUGGCCAAAAUCGCAUCGUUCUUCGCAGCUGGAGGAUUCCAGAACGACGUCCUUCUGCUACCGAUCUGUGGAUUUGAACGAUUCGACUUGAACCAAGCGAACCGAACAGAAAAGGUGGUGAUCUUCUCGUUGAUCGUGUUCUUCUUCUUCAUGACGAACGCUUACGAGGCCAAGUUCAUGGCGCUGAUGACGGAACGUCCUCCGGCGUUCGAAAUCAACACGUUGGACGACAUUCUACGCAUGGGGCUGACGGUCAACGCAGGAAGGGCUAAAGCUGAACUCCUACCCGGGUAUGACUUCAAGUAUCGCUUCGUAGAAGGGGCGAACGUCACCGAUGACCGUCUGGACGGUGUCAGCGUGUACUUGCUCAACGACAAGAAGGCUAAAGUGGCAUUGCUACGCCCUGUGAAUUGGAACUUUGAGUCGAAUCAACCCCGGUACAAGAUGCUGGAUGAACGUCUUGGACUUCAAAUUUCGUUCUACCUGCUGCCGGUGCGGAGUCUGAUCAAGCCAGCUUUCGAUCACGUUCAGAAGGUGUUGUAUGAAGCCGGUGUACUUCAGCUGUGGUUUUGGAAGAUGAUCAACAUGUUCUACGCCGAUGGAAAGCCCUUUGCGAGGGACAUCCCAGAGGAGGGAUUUGCUCCAACGGCUUCGAUUAUCAAGUUUUCGGAUUUGCUACCCAUGUGGAUUGCACUGGGACUGGGAUUUAAUCCCUCCAAGAGUUGCUCGAAGAACAGCCCGAAAGCACUUGUAAUCCGUUCUCAAAAAACCUCCAACCGGCAGACCCACCAGUUCAUUAACCGGAUAAAGAGAGCAGCCGGGUGGGACCGGCCGGCCGGCAACGAAUCGGAAGAAACCGUAAAGCCUGGGCUCCGGCUUAGCCCAACGCCGGAACCAACGUAA